AUGUUGCCAGUUCCGAGGAUGUGUGCAGCGACGCACCUGCUAGUUCAGGAGUGCCCAAAGGUUGAAAUGGGGGUCGACGAGCUGCGGAAGUCGCUGUUGGUCGUCCUCGGCGAAUACUUGCAUCGAGCUCGCAUCCGUGAAAUCCUGCCUGUCCUUCAAUCUGAGAGUGGCCAUCGGUACAUAGAGUACACCUGCGUGAGGUACGUCUGCAGCGAGGCUCGCGAUGCUUUCGUCCUCGCCAACCUCUGCAAGCCCGAGGCCGGAGAAAUGCAUCGCAGACUGCGGUCGGGCGGCCUGUCGGAGGCGGAAGCUGCCGCUUCCCAGGAGAGCUGUGGGCCAAACUCCAUCCACGUCCCAGUUCCAAGUCGGCUGGAAGCAUUGGCUUGCGAGUUCUCGCACUUCACAUACGUGUUCAACUCAAUCGCGAUCUGGACAUACGUUGCGUACACCACCUGGAAUAUCGGUCUCCUUUGGCUGUUCAUGACUCUUGGCUCCGGGACUUAUCGAGCGCUUGGGAUUACACGACCGAACAAGAAGAGAGUCUCCGAUUUGGCGAGGAUGCAGAAAAGCUGCGUAGUCCUGCGCGAGGGCAAGUUUCGGCAGCUGGAUGUUUCGGAGAUUGUUCAGGGCGACAUCGUCCAAGUUACGGGAGGAAAGGAUGCCGAACUCCCCUGCGAUGGCAUGCUAAUCAGCGGCAGCCUUAUCGUCAAUGAGUCAAUGCUGACAGGUGAGCCCAUGCCCAUCGCAAAGGUGCCUGUCGAAGACGUCGACCACUCUCAAGAGCACCCGAAGAGCAGCAAGGCCUUUGCAGGGACCCGCAUCAUUGAGUCCAGAGGCGAGACAGAACACGGGGGAUUCGCCCUCCUUUACUGCACGGAGGUUGGGGCUGGUACCACCAGAGGCGAACUUGUGAGAAUGGUCCUUUUCCCGUCGAGUGUGAAGUUCAAGUACAACGACCAGCUGCCCACUGUCUAUGCUUUGAUGUUCGCAAAAGCAAUGGUGUUGGUGAUGCUCCAUCUCUUCGCUGCCCACGAAGGUUCUCCUGUAGUGACGUUCUUGAACGUCACUUGCGCGAUCGCCGGGGCCCUGAGCCCCAUGCUACCCGUAUCGCUGGUCAUGGGGCAGUCCGUGUCGGCAAAGCGUCUCACAGCUGCCCGAGGAUACCAAAUCAAAUGCUUGGAGCCUGGCCGAAUCCCUAUAGCAGGGAAGAUCUCCACCAUGGUUUUCGACAAGACUGGCACCAUUACGAAGUCUUCAAUGGAUCUCGUGAGCGUGCAAGCCGCCCAACAGUUGGACGAGACUGCGCACUUCCAGCCGCUGCUUUGGAUAGAUGGUGAACCAGAGUCGGGCAACGUGGACGGGCCACACAAGCUUCCGAAUCUACUACGGUGUGCGGUGGCCGUAUGCCACACCGUGAAGCAGCUUGACGACGGGAGCCUUGUGGGAAACGAGCUGGAGUGCGCCAUGUUGCGGAAGACAAGCUGCAGGAUCAUUCAAAAAGCCAUCAUCCUUCCAGAUGAAGAGAUUGAAAUCGUCCGAGAAAUGCAGUUUGACCACCACAGCAUGACAAGUGGCGUCGUCGUUCGGAGGUCCCGAGGACAGCUUGAGGUCUUUGUGAAAGGCUCGCCCGACAAGAUUCAGGCAGUGGCCUGUCCUUCGUCCUUACCAGCUGACUAUGCUGCGACCAUCAGUGCCCAUGCCAAGGCUAACUACUAUGCCCUGAGCAUUUGCCAUAGAAGCCUUCCGGAGAAGUCCAAUUCGGAGGUGGCUGAAAUGUCGCGCUCGGAACUGGAGCAGAAUGUCCAAUUCUGUGGACUCUUGCUCUUCAGAAAUGAGAUGAAGAGGGAAGCCCCCCAAGCUAUCCAGCAGCUCAAGGAAGGUGACAUUCGAUCUGUCAUUUGCACGGGGGACAGCGAGCUUACUGGCAUUGCUAUUGGCAGGCAGUGUGGCAUCGUGUCAGGUGACUGCCUGCUAGCUACGGUUCAGGAUCACAAGCUUGUUUGGCAAGACCCCGAGGAUAUGGACAUGGAAGGCCAAGGCCAAGCCCAAAAGCAAAGCACUUGUCACACCGUCCAGGUCGAGUCUUGUGAGUGUCAGCUUGCCCUCAGCUGCCCCGCAUGGCAUCAUCUUUUGGAGAAUGAGCCACUUCUGCUGCAGAAGCUCUGGCAGCGUUGCGUUGUCUUCGGUAGGAUGAAGCCGGAUGAUAAGAUCAACGUCGUUGCAUAUCUUCAGCGUCAAGGUCUGAUUGUCGGAAUGGCCGGCGAUGGAGGCAACGACUGUGGAGGUUUGCGUGCAGCGCAUGUUGGCAUAGCAUUGUCUAGCGCAGAAGCUUCCUUGGUGGCUCCUUUCUCAACUGGGAGACUUGAAGACGGCUCACAAGACGACAGCAUUGAUGGUCAGAUCUCACUCCUUACCAUCCCAGACCUCAUUCGAGAAGGACGUGCCUGCUUGGCAACGAAUUUGGCCACCUUUGCUUACUUCAUCGUGCAGUCCUUCUCUCUUACUGGCAUGAUGACAGCGGUCCAUAUUGCUCACAAUGUCACUGUCGGAGAGUGGGUAUGGCUGACGAAGGACAUCGGGUUUGGGAUGAUCAUGACGUUCUUCAUGACGCAAUCCAAAGCCUUAUCGUGUUUGGCAAAGGUGCGACCCACCGCGACGCUGCUGGGAGCAAGAACUCUUCUCACUAUCGCCUCGCAAGUCCUCCUGAACUGGCUCUUCUUCGGCUGCGCGUUGUACAUGUUGAAGGUGGAAGCAUGGUACGAUCCCCUGGAUCCCAUCUUUGACAUCUCCAUUCUUCCCCACCUUUGGAUGUUGAAAGGAGACAACUAUGAUGGUGCUGUUUGUGCGGUUUGUGUCUUGGUCGGUCUGGCGAAUACUUCGUAUGUGAACACCUAUGGCGGCAACUUCCGCAGAAACAUUUUGCAGAAUUGGGGCAUCUGCGCAGCGUACCUUUCUAGUCUGUGUCUUGCGAGCUUUCUCAUCUUUUCCUCACCAAAUCAAUUGAAUUGCAUAUUCCGAGUGAAUUGUGACACGCCGAGCUCCUUGGCUUGCAGUUCGCUGCCCCUUCUUGAUGACAUCAGCGUGGGAGGUGUCGGCGAAUGCUUCCUCGGGCCUCAGGUGAAAUAUUGGCAGAAUCACACAUCCUAUCUGCCCCAAGCUGGAGAUUCCCCGUGGCUGCCUUCGCCAGACAACGGCUGCCUUCCUCCGACUGCUACCCUGGAACACCUGCCACUCGAUCACCUAGACAUCAGCACCGGCAAAGGCUUCAAAGUCGGAGCCUGCAUCGGUCCCAACAACUGCUUCUCCGAUGACUUCAAGUGGAAGCUUUGGGGCAUCCUUGCCUUACUCACAUUCCUUCAGCAUUUCGUCAUGAAGUACGUGUUUCUGGGCCCUGUCGCUCGCCGCUUGCGCCAGUGGAGGAGCAGCCGACAGCGCAACGCAGAUGCCGCGACCACCGUGCCAGGAGAUGGCCACUUCAGUCCUGUUUCUCCUGAGGCUCCGGAAGGCGAGCCGGAGUCGCACGACCAAGCCCGUGCCAACAAAGUGGAUCUGCAGUCGUGA